GCUCUCCUCCUCCUCCCCGAAGCCCGACGUCGCUGUUCCGCCAAACGCAUGGAUGUCCUCACCCGCGGCGUCCUUCUCGCCAAUAUCCCCUAACUCCUCGUCUGUCACAGAUGAGAAUAUUCUGUCAAGAUGGGUGAUGGAAUGCUGUCCUUGUCAUGGAAUAACCACAAAGCUACAUUCUGCCACAUUCUCUCUACACUCAGAGAAAAGGAGAGAUAUACAGACGUGACCCUGGCAUGUGAAGGAAAAUUCUACCCUGUUCACAAACUGGUGCUGUCAACAUGUAGUGAAUAUUUUGAGAAUAUGUUUGAACACACACCGUGUAAGCAUCCAAUAAUAGUGUUGAAAGACGUUAAACCAGAUGAGCUAGAAGCUCUUCUUAGUUAUAUGUAUGCAGGUGUUGUGAAUGUUGCACAAAAUGACCUGGCAAGAUUAAUCAAGGCAGCUGAGCUCCUACAGAUUAAAGGUUUAGCUGUGCCAGAUGAACCCCCUCAGGAAGCAGAGAGUAAAAAAACCACUGUACCUCCAUGGAGCUCCCGCGAUGACAGAAGUAGCCCACACCCGAAGAGGAGAAAAAAAGGAGACGAGAAUGGCACACCUUCUAUUGGCGGCUCACAGCCCUCAGCUAGUCCAGCAUCCUCACCCAGAGCAUCCCCUUUUCAUGUGGAAAGUGAUCAUCACCAAGAUAAUUUAAGAACACAUAAUGAACUGUAUAUAUCUGAACAUAGAAUAGAAAAAUCCAUUGAUACUAGACCUGAACAAAGACUCGAAGCGAGAGUUGACCAUAAUGUUGAAACCCGAAUAGACCCCGCUCCUCCUCCUGCGCCAGGAUCCCCAGUCCAAGUAAUGGUAGAUGAAACUCUAGUCAAAGAAGAAAUUGUAGAUACUGUGGAUGAUAGUAGAGAUGACGGACUGGAUUCUGGCAUGGACUACGGAGCGUUAGGUGCAGACUCAAGAGUUGGUGGUUCAAGUGACGGAAUGGGAACAGACCAUGCAAGUCAGAUGUUACCAAACAAAUUUGAUCAACCAAUGGUGCCAACUCAACAACACCUUCCUGAUUCUGUUACAGAAGCCCUGGCGGGUCCCUCAGGGAUGCAAGGG